AUGACUGCGACGGGCGAAAACAACCUUCAUGUCGGUUAUCGACUGAAAUCAUUUCAUAUAGCCCGCUCCUGACUCAAUUUAAAACUGACAUCCAAACUUCACAACAGUCAACUUGGAAAUACACUGCUUUUCAAAAUAUACCUCUCCCUUAUUUUUUGAACGGGUCAAGUUGAAAUUCGUUGAGACCAAAUUAUUACAUGAAUAUGUAUCACUGUAACAUCUGAAACAUAUAUCCUGUGGUUUUCAUGUCGAUAAUCCUCAUGUUUGUCUGGCAAAUGAAACCAACUUCUAAUUACUAACGUAGUAGGUAUGUAUACGUUUCGGUCACAAUGGUCACCUUCUUCAGUACCUACAUGAAACUUUUCACAAUAUUUAAUUUAUCUGUCUUCCAGGUGAUACUUCGUUUGUUUUUUCUUUUCACUUUCAGAUUCAUUUACAGUGUGUUACUACAAUAGUCUGGAAGGUUCGUAACAUGCCAAGAUUGCGUAAGCCAUCAUUCCAAAUUUCAAGAUGGCACCACGCAAAGCCAGCACAGACCUGGACCUCCAGAUGUAGGCAUUCGCGCCCCAAAAGGACAUAAAUAUCCCCACAACGUAAGCGUUGCUUCAACUUUUUACUAACAUAGGGAGAACAUUAAAAUCAUUGUCUGAUGCGCAGUUUCUAAGAAGGGUGUAUCCCAGCCUUUUGUGA